AUGUAUGGUGCAUCAAUUACAAUAUUUGCAUUCGCAUGAGUAGAUUUUAUGAAUCACAAUUGAUAUACUAAUGAUAUUCAUGAUAUUAUGGGUAAAUACGUUUUUAUUAUUAUUAUUGCUACUGCUUUUUGGCUAAAGCAAUUAAUUUUCCCUAAAUUUGACAUUUUUGAUAUUUCUUUCUUAUUAUUUUCUAUCUUUUUAUCAAUUGGAGUUUUCUAUUUACUUACUCCCCUCCGUGAGCGAACAAAACCACUUGAAAAAUCCUUAUUUUUCGCCCAAAAACCCACCCUCCGAACAAAAAUUUUUUAUGAAAAAAAAUUGAUAUAUAAGUGAUAAUUAGUAUAAUGAAAUCUCUAGCUAAUUCUGUUUAAUUUUAAAAAAUUGCGUUUUUAAACUUAUAACUUAACUUUUACCGCUUCCUAAUGAAGCAUUUCUCUCUUUUUAUUCAAAAAUUCUUCACCAUCAUUAACUUCUUCGCUAUCACCAUCAUCAUCUUCAACUACAACAGUAGCAUCGUCAACAAACCACAACAUCAACAACAACACAACAAAAUAAAAAAUUCAGCAUCAAUAACAAGUAUUACAAACUCCAUCAAGCCUCAUCUUCAUCUUCAGAUGCUCCAUGCAAAAUCCACAAAACUCCAUUUGCUAAUGUAGCACCAGCUCGAACCUCCGAAGCCAGCCAUCAACAUGCAGAACCCAACAUUUGUGAAUUCUCUAUGUACCCAUGCAUCUCUGCAUGAAAUCAAGCAUCACGAUAAUUCCCUCCGUCUUUGGCACUUUCGCGCCAUUUUGUGCUGGAUUAAAGAAUUAUUAUAAAAUUGCGUUUUAAAACAUACAUUUUAUAAAUUAAAUUAAUAUUUGCUUUCCAAUUUUUGUGGAUUAGGAUUUUUUAAAAUUUCGAAAAUAAAAUCAACCUCCUCCGUGAACGGAUAAGAUUUUUUUAUUCGCUCAUGGAGGGGGAGUUACUUCUUAUUUUGUAAAUGCUUUCUUGACAGUUUAUGAUUUUUUUAUAACAGCAUGAGCACAUUUCAAAGAGCAGUACAGAAAAAGCAUCGAAAUAGAAGAAAGCAUGUGAAAAAUAUGCAAAAUCUAUUGCUUAAAUUUAUUUUUUAUAUAUGCUAUGCAUCUUGCAUAUAAUUUAGUAUCUGCUUUAUGAGGAGAAAUUUGAUACUUAAAAGAAAUGAUGUUUUUGAUAUCAUCAUGCACUGUAGGAAAUCUUCUAAUUUACCCAGAAGAUGGAAAUUAUAGCGACAAUUUCCAAGGGCUAUCAAACUCCUUCUCAGUUUAUUUCCAGGUUUGGGCUGCAAGGAUAAUUUUGAGAAAUAUAUAUCAGCUUAUUUAUUCCGGAGGUCUUAACGAUUUGCAUUAA